CUCUCUCUCUCUCUCUCCCCACCCCAAUUCCUAUUCCUAAGUUAACGGAGGAAAUUCCAUGGAUGUUCACUACUUUCUUAGCCAUUCUUUUGUGGUCUAAUUAGUUAUGUUCUAUGUUCUUGUCUGCCCCCUUCCCUCACUUUUUCCCCUCAUUUUUACUGUUUUUGACAACCCAAGCAGAAACUAGUCUCAAUUCUUGUCGUUCAUGUGGGUUGGAUCUUAAGUCUUAAGCCCUUUUUUAAAAAUAAAAAUAAAAACUGACAAUGGUUCAUUUCUCCUUGUCUAUGUUUUUAUGAAUCUACCGUUCAGAAGCUCGAAAAAUUUGGAUUUAACUCCGGAGCAAUAUUAUUCUUUAGAGAAAAAUCCAUUGCAAAAUGCAUAACGCACCACGAGUUAGGGGAGAGAAGAGUCAUUGAUAAGAACGAAGGAGGGGAGGGGGAGGGGAGAUUAACAGAAAAUAAGAAGUUGCAGGGGAAAGAAAGAAAGAAAAAAAGAUAUAGUAGAUGGCAUCUUUAUCCACCCAACCAUCUAAAAAGGCAAUACGUACCCCUGGGGGUGGUGGUUCUAAUUCUGGCUCCCAGGGGGGUACUCGCAAUUCAAGUGGACAAACUGUGAAAUUUGCCAGACGAACUUCAAGUGGCCGAUAUGUUAGCCUUUCCAGGGAAGACCUUGAUAUGUCGGGAGAACUGUCAGGCGAUUAUAUGAACUACACAGUCCACAUUCCUCCAACACCUGAUAACCAACCAAUGGACACCUCAGUGGCUGCAAAGGCUGAAGAACAAUAUGUUUCCAAUUCUCUAUUCACCGGUGGAUUUAACAGUGUCACUCGAGCCCACCUCAUGGAUAAGGUGAUUGAGUCGGAGGUGAGUCAUCCUCAAAUGGCUGGUGCCAAGGGCUCUGCAUGUUCCAUGCCAGCUUGUGAUGGCAAGGUCAUGAAAGAUGAGAGAGGAGCUGAUGUUACCCCUUGCGAUUGCAGGUUCAAAAUUUGCAGAGAUUGCUUUCUUGAUGCCCAGAAAGAUACAGGUCUUUGUCCAGGGUGCAAGGAACCAUACAAAAAUGGGGAUUAUGAUGAUGAUGUACCCGACUUUUCUAGUGGAGCUCUGUCAUUGCCAGCCCCAGAUGAUUCAAAAGGAGACCGACGCAACAUGUCCAUGAUGAAGAGGAACCAAACUGGAGAAUUUGAUCAUAAUAAGUGGCUGUUUGAAACAAAGGGUACUUACGGCUAUGGUAAUGCUUAUUGGCCUCAAGACGACAUGUAUGGUGAUGAUGGAAAUGAUGGAUUCCAAGGGGGCAUGAUAGAAUCUAAUGAUAAACCUUGGAAGCCAUUAAGUCGGAGAAUUCCCAUCCCACAAGGCAUUAUAAGCCCUUACAGGCUGCUGGUUGUGAUACGGUUUGUGGUGCUCGGCUUCUUCUUGGCAUGGAGGAUAACACAUCCAAAUGAGGAUGCUAUAUGGCUGUGGUUGAUGUCAAUCUGUUGUGAGGUGUGGUUUGCCUUCUCCUGGAUACUUGAUCAGAUUCCAAAGCUCUGCCCAAUAAAUCGUUCCACCGACCUUGAAGUCCUGCGUGAGAAAUUUGAUAUGCCAUCGCCGUCCAAUCCUACUGGCCGCUCCGACCUUCCUGGGAUUGACAUGUUUGUGUCCACCGCUGAUCCUGAAAAAGAGCCUCCACUAGUUACUGCAAACACCAUCUUAUCAAUCCUGGCUGCUGAUUACCCAGUGGAGAAGCUCGCUUGCUAUAUUUCUGACGAUGGAGGAGCACUGCUUACUUUCGAGGCAAUGGCCGAGGCUGCAAGCUUUGCUGAUUUGUGGGUACCAUUCUGUCGUAAACAUGACAUUGAGCCCAGGAAUCCGGAGACCUACUUCACCCUUAAGGGGGACCCAACGAAGAACAAGUUGAGGUCAGAUUUCGUCAAGGAUAGGAGGAGGGUGAAGAGGGAGUAUGAUGAGUUCAAGGUGAGGAUAAACGGGCUCCCUGAUUCGAUCAGGAGGAGGUCAGAAGCAUUCAAUGCAAGGGAGGAGAUGAAGAUGUUGAAGCACAUGAGGGAGACUCAGAAUGCUGGUGACGCUUUAGAGCCAAUCAAGGUCCAAAAGGCCACUUGGAUGGCUGAUGGAACCCAUUGGCCUGGGACUUGGGCAGUGUCUGCUAGAGAGCAUUCCAAAGGCGAUCAUGCAGGAAUCCUCCAGGUCAUGCUGAAGCCACCAAGCAGUGACCCUCUCAUGGGUGGGGCUGACGAUGACAAAUUCCUAGACUUCACGGAUGUUGACAUACGCCUUCCCAUGUUUGUCUACAUGUCUCGUGAGAAGCGACCGGGCUAUGAUCACAACAAGAAAGCCGGUGCCAUGAAUGCCCUGGUGCGAGCGUCAGCCGUAUUGUCCAACGGCCCUUUCAUACUCAACCUCGAUUGUGAUCACUACAUCUUCAACUGUAGAGCUAUUCGUGAAGGUAUGUGCUUCAUGAUGGACCGAGGUGGAGAAGACAUCUGCUACAUUCAGUUCCCUCAGAGAUUCGAAGGUAUUGAUCCUUCUGACCGCUAUGCCAACCACAAUACUGUGUUUUUUGAUGGCAACAUGCGAGCGCUUGAUGGUGUUCAGGGCCCAGUUUAUGUGGGGACAGGCUGCAUGUUUAGGAGGUUUGCACUGUAUGGGUUUGAUCCUCCGCAGCCUGAUAAGUUGCUGGCUCCUAAUAAUAAUAAUAAAGCAGCAGCAGAUGCAGAGACCCAAACCAUAUUGACUGCCACAGAUUUCGAUCCCGAACUGGAUGUGAAUCUAUUGCCCAAGAGAUUCGGGAAUUCUACAAUGCUGUCCGAAUCCAUUCCAGUUGCUGAAUUUCAAGGUCGUCCACUGGCCGAUCACCCUGCAGUCAAGUUCGGUCGACCUCCCGGGGCCCUCAGGGUCCCACGUGAACCACUUGAUGCUGCUACUGUUGCUGAAUCAGUCUCCGUCAUCUCUUGUUGGUAUGAGGACAAGACAGAGUGGGGUGACCGCGUUGGGUGGAUCUAUGGUUCAGUUACAGAAGACGUGGUGACAGGGUACCGCAUGCACAAUCGUGGGUGGCGGUCGGUGUACUGCAUCACCAAGCGAGACGCCUUCAGAGGGUCAGCUCCCAUAAACCUCACCGAUAGGCUCCAUCAGGUUCUCCGGUGGGCCACAGGGUCGGUAGAGAUUUUCUUCUCCAGAAACAAUGCAAUCCUGGCUACCAGGAAACUCAAGUUGCUCCAGCGCCUCGCUUAUCUCAACGUCGGCAUGUACCCCUUCACCUCCAUGUUUCUCAUCGUCUACUGCUUCCUCCCAGCCCUCUCCCUCUUCUCGGGACAAUUCAUUGUCCAAAAUCUAGAUGUCAAAUUCCUAAUCUACCUUCUGGUGAUCACGCUUUGCCUGAUCGGGUUAGCCAUUUUGGAAGUGAAAUGGUCCGAGGUGGGACUGGAGCAGUGGUGGAGGAACGAACAGUUUUGGCUCAUCGCCGGAACAAGCGCGCACUUGGCUGCUGUGGUACAAGGCCUUCUCAAGGUGAUAGCAGGUAUUGAGAUAUCCUUCACAUUGACAGCCAAAUCUGGGAGUGAAGACAAUGAUGACAUAUACGCCGACUUGUACCUGGUGAAGUGGACCUCCUUGAUGAUUCCCCCAAUUGUGAUUGCAAUGGUUAACAUAAUAGCGGUUGCUUUUGCCUUCUCAAGGACGGUUUAUAGCACUGUCCCUGCUUGGAGUAAAUUCAUCGGCGGUACCUUCUUCAGCUUCUGGGUGUUGGCUCAUUUGUAUCCUUUUGCUAAGGGUUUGAUGGGGAGGAGAGGGAAAACCCCCACCAUCGUCUUCGUUUGGUCAGGUCUCAUUGCAAUUACCAUCUCAUUACUCUGGGUUGCCAUCAACCCCUCUACGGGUGCGACCACUGAAGUGGUUGGAGGAGGGACUACUUUUACAUUCCCAUGAAAAAGAUGAUGAUCAAGUUGCAGUAAGGAAACUUGUGAAACAAAUACGCAUGGUCGGUUCUUCUUUUUCUUUUCCUUGUACUUCCACUUUUUUCAAGAGGGGAACUACUGGAUUCACUGCUUUAUGGACCUCUCCACUUAGGAUUCAUUCCAUUACAGAAUUUGUUGGGAAAACAAGAAAAUAUAUAGUCCCGUUCAACCCCUGCAGAUUGCCAUGUCAAGUGGGCCAGUGAAAACGGAAGACAUCGCCAUCCUUUCUAUUUGCUCUAGGAUCUUUUUUCUUUUCCCUGCUUUUCUACGCUUUAUUUUAAUCGUUAGCUUUGAAAACUAAGAGGAGUUUGUGACAGGUUUCAGUAAGAUUGCCUUGCACUGAAGAUAACAGUGGAGAGAGAUCAGCAUGUGCAAUAAUAACGGGUAGAGAUACUAGUAAACCUCAUACACAGCGAUUUGCUACAGAUACAAGCUAGGGA